ACAUGGCUCAGCGUGUGACCUCUGAGGUUCUUGUGCACAUGUCUAUAGUGCUGCUGGGUUUGUUGACUCCAUUUAGCUGGAGCACUGAUGGUCUGGGCCCAGGCUGCCACCUCUACCCCAUUCAUUUGACUGUCAGAAGUGACUGGAGCGGGACAUGUCGAGGAGCCCGUGUGGUGUACGCCUGUGUGGGUUACUGUGACUCUAGCGCAUUUCCCUCUCGUUACUCUGUCCUGCUGGCAUCUAAUUUCACCCAUAACAUCACCUCUGUUUCGCGUUGCUGCACCAUCGAGAAAGCCACCAAGGUCAAAGUUCAUGUGGAAUGCCCUGAAGGCCGUCACCAUGACAACAUUGAGAUCCAAACCGCGCAGGCCUGUCGUUGUCAUAUGUGCCAUAAGGCUCGUUACUAAGCCACCAUAGUAACAAGAGUUUAGCUUGUGUUACAUCGGUAUAUACACUACUCAGAGAGAGAGAGAGAGAGAGAGAGAGAGAGAGAGAGAGAGAGAGAGAGAGAGAGAGAGA